GGGGCGCGCAGGCGGCAGUCAGCGCCGCGCCGCGCCCGGGCCACCCGGCCCCGUACCGAGCUUACGUAACGAUGCCCGCGCCGAGCUGAUGGCCGCGAUCGUGUGGUGGCUGGCGGCCACCUGCCUGCUGCGCGCCGCCACCGCCGGCAACCCCGACGCCAAGCGGCUCUACGAUGACCUCCUCUCCAACUACAACAAGCUCGUGCGCCCCGUCGUCAACACCACCGACGUGCUGCGAGUCUGCAUCAAACUCAAGCUCAGUCAACUCAUUGACGUCAAUCUGAAGAACCAGAUAAUGACGACGAACUUGUGGGUGGAGCAGUCGUGGUAUGACUACAAGCUGCGCUGGGAGCCGCGCGAGUACGGUGGCGUGCAUAUGCUCCACGUGCCCUCAGACCACAUCUGGAGGCCCGACAUCGUGCUCUAUAACAACGCCGACGGCAACUACGAGGUGACGCUGAUGACCAAGGCCACCGUCUACUACAACGGAAUGGUGGUGUGGCAGCCGCCCGCCGUCUAUAAGUCCUCGUGCUCGAUCGACGUCGAGUUCUUUCCUUACGACGUGCAAACCUGUGUGCUUAAGUUAGGCAGCUGGACGUAUGACGGCUUCAAGGUCGACCUGAGGCAUAUGGAUGAGCAGGCGGGGAGCAAUGUGGUGUCCGUCGGCGUGGAUCUGUCCGAGUUCUAUAUGUCCGUCGAGUGGGACAUACUUGAAGUGCCGGCUGUAAGGAACGAGAAAUUCUACACGUGCUGCGACGAGCCGUACCUGGACAUCACCUUCAAUAUCACCAUGAGGAGAAAGACCCUGUUCUAUACUGUGAACAUCAUCAUACCUUGUAUGGGGAUCUCCUUUCUCACCGUCCUUACGUUUUACCUGCCUUCUGAUAGUGGAGAGAAGGUAACCCUAUCGAUCUCAAUAUUGAUUAGUCUCCACGUGUUCUUCCUGCUGGUCGUCGAGAUCAUCCCCCCAACGUCACUGGUUGUGCCUCUGCUGGGAAAGUACCUCAUAUUCGCCAUGAUCCUCGUGUCCAUCAGUAUAUGUGUGACGGUAGUGGUCCUAAACGUCCACUUCCGGUCGCCGCAGACCCACCGGAUGGCGCCUUGGGUGAAGCGAGUUUUCAUUCACAUCCUGCCACGACUACUCUUCAUGAAGCGACCGCAGUACAAGUUUGACACAACAAGUAUCGGGUACCACAGAUCCCGGUACACAGCGUGCGGCGUGGUGGUGCGCUGCGGCGGUACCGCGCGGCCGCUGUACCCGUACCGCCUCGCCGCCGCAGAUGACGACUGCUGCGCGCCCGGGGCCUGGCCCCCGCCUGCCGCGCCGCCUCCGAGGCCUCUGACAAGGACGCCUAGUAAAGAGGACCUCACACACACUACCUACCUCAAUUCAGGGAUGGGUGACAGUAAUAGAUUCGGCGGCAGCUGCCUAGUGCACGGGUCGAGUGAAGGCGGCGCGGGGCCCGGCGGGGGCCUAGCUGGAGGCCUGGCGGGGAACCUGGGCGCCGAGGACGAGACGCUCAGUCCCGUGCCCGACCCGCCGCCAGGCUUCAGUCACUCCUCCUGUCCGCCAGAAGUGCACAAAACUUGCUUCUGUGUUCGUUUCAUUGCAGAGCAUACGAGGAUGCUCGAAGAUUCUACUAAGGUAAAAGAGGAUUGGAAAUACGUAGCGAUGGUGCUUGACCGUCUAUUCCUGUGGAUCUUCACGCUAGCUGUGUUAGUGGGUACCGCCGGUAUCAUCCUGCAGGCGCCCACGCUCUAUGACGACCGAGUGCCCAUAGACAAGCACUUCAACCAGUAUGCUACCUCGUCGCUAGUGCGGUGUCCACCACCCUCGUAAUGUGGAACACUUGACGUCACAUGCUUACAGAACUAUGACGUCAGUACUUACGCUCAAAAACUAUCAAAUAACACAUACUUUUACAGAACUUCCUAAUGUAAUAUUGUCUGAAUAGGAUAAUGAACUGACUGACGUCAUACUUACUAUAAGUGUGUCUCAUAGUAUGGUUAUUCAAUAAUUAUAAAGCAACGGUGUCUUUAAAGGUGCAGUGAUUUGUUUGGGAAAAUCGGUUACCUAUAUGGAAAUAAUAAAAGGACUAAAAGAAUGCCAUUUACUAGAAUUUUUUGCAGUUUAAUUAUAGCGAUUUUCGUGAACAAGUUACGGUUAGGCCGCUGAACAGAUUGCGUCGCCGUUGCAUUACAAGACCCAACGCACACCCGUCCCGCCCGGAACGUGUUCUAUUCCACGACACGUAACUAUAUCUGUCUGCUUAACUUUACGUAUUAAUCAUAAGUACUUUCAUAUCUCUUCAUAAUAUCUACUCUUGCACAUAACAUUAGUAUUAGCACAUAUCCAUACUCAUUCAAUGUGUUCUCCCACGCAAAAGUUCGAGGGUAUAUCAGAUUGCAUACUACGUCUUACGUGACAAUAAAAUGUAGCAAUUCUUUCCUAUGAUUAUAUCUACUAGCAUUGUAGCAUCAAUUUCGCAAGCGACUUCAUAAAAUCACUUAGAGAUAUUAGUCUCUAUGAAUAGUAAAUAAGAGAAUGAACGAAACACCACCAUGUUAAAUGUAUCUGUGUUCAAAAACGUCAUUUAGCUAAUUAGCGUAUGCAUUAUGUAGUAGCACCAUUAUCUAAGCUCAGGACCCCAGAGCCAUAGACCUAACAGUCUGCUUGUAGCACCUCGCUUAUUCAUGUUAACUAAAACAGGCCUGCACAGUCGUCAACAUUAGUGCUAACUGUAGACAUCGAAAUCAAAGUAAUUGUAAGGAAUUCAUAGGCACUAGCGGUAGUGUAAGUCUAUCUUGAAAUCAUGCUGAAACUAUCGACUAUAGAUAUUCUUCCGACUCUUCUAUUUUCUAAGACCAUUACCUACUAUAAUUUGUCGUAGAAUAGAACAUGUACUUUAAAAAAUAAGAAUAUCGAUUUUAUUAUUUAUAAGAAAAAAAAAAUAGUAUUUGAAACCUAUGAAAUACAGUAACGUAUUUAUAAAACAAUUUUAUUGUUGUUUUUGAAAGAACGAGAUUCUGUUAAUAGACUCAAUGAAUAUCGUAAAGAUUUACAAGACCAGUAUGAAGAAAAGUAUCCUUAUGAUAAUAAGUACAACAUAAUGAUUUAAUUUAAGAAGAUAAUUGCUCAAUUUUAAGAUCCGUACCUUCCUUAUUUCCGCUACUGGUUAUUUAGUGUGUUAUAGCAAAUCAUUUAUAGGACCCCCACAGACAUUACGUUACACCUGCCCACAUGUGCUUUACCUUAAUUCAAUUGAUGUUACGUGUAGGUAAACCUUAGUUAAAAUCGGUUAUAUUAUUGACAUAUGUUAAAGUUUUUAUGUUUAUGUACGUUUAUUACAUUAUAUAGUCACUGUAAAUAAAAUUAAUAUAAAUAUUAUAUAUUGAGGCACGCGUCCGAGCAAUGACGGUGCCGAACUUUCGGACAGGAAUUGAAACUAUUUAUUAAUUGAAUAUGAACAAUACACAAUAAACUACAAAAUUUUAAAAAAUAUUGUACAAAAAUAAAUAACGAAUAUAAAACAUUAAGAUUAAAAGCUUGUGUACUGAGAUGAGACAAAAAGAAGUUAUGAUAGUGAUCAUAGGACACAUAGGUAUUAUAUACUACCGCAUGAUGUAAAGUCACUAAUGAAAUGCGAGGCUAUAGUCGAAUGUUCAAAAGUUACUGAAAAUAUCUAACACCUUUAGAUCACGCAAAAUUAAUUAUCACACAUGUUUUAAUGAAAGGAAACAAUGGUGCUCGAAUGCACCUGUUCUACCUACCGAUAUAAU